AUGGAGCCGACAGAUCCUGUAGAGUCAGCACCACCCGCACCUCGUAAGCGUGGACGCCCCAAGGGAUCCAAGAAUGGGCCCAAUGCGAAGAACGUUGGGCGUCCUCGGAAGGACGGACAGCCUCCGACAAGGCGUCUACCUGCACAAGCUACCCAAGGAGCAGGUCAGAGCAGCCAAAAACAGACCGAACAGCGCGUUCCGGACCAUAACGCCCACCUGCCAUCGGAGACCCGGUCCACCGCACCUCCAGCACCUCCGUCCGAAGAGUCCGCACCAGAUGUGGUGCCCAUCCCGGCGACAGAAUCAGCAAGUGCGGCUCGAACACCCGGCGCGUCAGUGGAGGGAACCUUGGCCCAGGCAGAAUUGCCUGGUCUGCAGCCCGGCGGGACCCCACUGGAUGUGCACUCGAGUGCACAGUCCGGCACGCGGUUGGACAUACCGCCGGAUACGGCCAAUGCGAGUGCGGCUACGAGCUCAAGCGGAGUCGCAACAGAUCACACGAUCUCGGACGAUGUGAGGGCUUUAAGCCUACUCCCCGCCACAACCUUGAGUGCAACGGGGUUACACAGAGACUUACAAGAAAUCGAUGCAGUUGGUGAUGAUACUGGUGGUGAUGGCCAGUUUGCUCUCGAAUCUCGACAGUCAUUGCCAUUGCGACUAGAUGUGUCAGAUUCUGUGCAAGACAUAGCGGAGGAGGCGAGUUGGGGUAUCGAGAGUAGCCCCGACUCUGGGGCUUUCAGUUGGGAGGAAUGGUCAGAGGAGGUUGAUGGGGAUUUGGAGGAUGAUGAAGAUCUCGAGCAUAUUUUAGGUCCCACCAAUGAUGACGGUAGCAUAGAUGAGGAUGAAUUCAUCCCUGUGCCCGAUGACGACGAGAGCGACAGUGUGCGAUUCGCAAACACGCCGCGAAACGGGUCACACGGUCGCGUACCCAGAUCCUCCAUCCCAACGUGGCUCUUGGAGGACUACGCGGACGUGCGGGAGAAGAUACAGUCCGAGAUGCGGCGCAAUCCCACAAAGAGACCAACAUGCUAUGACCGGGCGACCUUCACGGAGGGAUCCCCAUUUCCAUUCUUUGCUGCCGACCGUAAGCAUCAACCCAUGCCGCAGGAUUUCUACCGCCCAAGCUACUUUGUGUGGCUUCCGCACCUGCUUGUUUCUCGGAUCCCAUGCCCCGCAUGCGCAGCCGCUGGCCGCAGACGGUACGGCGGCGACAUUGUCUUCCUCCGCAGCCAUGGCUUCCCGAGGUCUCCACGUCGUGUCGUGGAUAUAGACCAGUGUAUUUAUUUGAUAGGUUUUCGAUAUCAAUGCGGACAUGAAGAGUGCAAGAGGACGUUCACAAGCUGGAGUCCCUCAAUCAUCAAUGCACUCCCCCGUGCUCUCGCAUGCCAUUUUGACUUCCAUCUGACGUAUCGCGGGGGUCUUACGGACCGUGUUGUUGCCUUGAUGCGAUCCUCAUUCCAGCAUGGCAUGGGCCCGACACCAUUCGCUGACAUGAUACGGACUCACCAUCUGCGCCGAUAUGAGAAGCUGCAUGAGCAAUACCUCGAAAUUGUUCUGGCGCGGCUUCAGACUCCAUUCACGGCAUAUCUAUCAAAAUUUAAACCCUUUGGUCUUUUUGAUGAUCGUAGCGGUUAUGCUGGAUUCACGCCAUCACCAAAUUACUUUCGCCAGUUCUAUGUGCAGUACAUCAACUCACAUGCGAAGGAGAUGGACAAGUAUACCGCCAUGCUCUCGGGCAAGAUCCUGGUCAUUGACCAUAGCCAUCAGGUUCCGAAACACCUGGGCAAGGUCAAUGGAGUUCCCGUAUUUACGGCGCUUCAUACUUGCACAAAUGAAUUCAAUGAGGUCCGAACUAUGGUUAUGACACCUUCGAAGGCCCACAAUGAAUAUAUGCCUGCGCUCAGAGAGGCCACGCGGUCGCUCGAGAUGUAUGGGCAUGAACCCGUCCAGCUUGUCUUUACCGACAAUGUGAGGAGCGAUAAAGCUGCACUGGAGGCGAUCAUUCCAUCCUUGCGGGAAGGAGUGACUCCUGUGGCGGAUCUGUCCACACUUGCACCUCUGUCCGUUCCCCCUGACUGGGAGGUGAUUCUCUUAUCCUCUGUUUAUCAGAUCAAUACACGGUUCAAUGAUAUUAUGGACGACAUGGGCCCAAACUCGAAGCUUUAUACUGCUGUUGAUAUGGAAUGGAGUGUUGACCGUAGCAGUGGCUUAUCAGGUCGGGUAGCAGUAAUAUCGGUGGCAUUUAAUGGGAUCAUCUUGCUUAUUUGGUUGAGGUCUUGCCUGCGGAAUGGCUGCUUAUAUCUGCCAUCUGCUUUGUUGGCAUUCCUCCGUUCUCCCUCGGUGCUCAAGAUAGGGGUCAAAGUCACAGCUGACUUAAAGCGACUGUUCGAGAACUGUGGCUUCCAGGCCACUAUCGAUGCACCAUUUCGGGGUGCUGUGAACCUAGGUGCUCUGGCAAAGAUCCGUAAUCCUUCGAUCAAGGCAACCACUGGCCUUGUCGAGCUUGUCGCUGUGCUUCUACGGCAGCACCUACCAAAGGACGACACAAUCCGAGUCAGUACGGACUGGGACAAUGAUGUAAUGAGUGAAGCUCAGCAGCAGUAUGCAGCUCUGGAUGUAUAUGCCAGCUGGGCUGUUUUCAAGGCUCUCGAGACACGAGAUGACGGCGAGCCAGUUACUGCAAGCACACCUGGUGGUACACUUGUUACGCUGGUUGCCUCUGAUCAUCGCCCAGUUGCACAGGGACAUAUUGCCCUUGAUCGACCAAAGAAGGUUGAUGGUGUCAAUGUUUCACCGAAGCGUGUGGUGGUUAUAAUCACCUCCGUUCUUGUUCCAGGCCACCUUAUCCCGAAGGAACUGCUGCCAGGCAAUGAGGAUAAACCACUUUAUGACUUCCCGUCGCCUCCAUUCACUUUGCUGUGCAAGGAACGGCACUUGCGGACUCGAGCGGCAUCAGAGACGCAGCCGACACAUUCAGUCACGACUUCAGCAACUGAAAAUAUUUCCGCUGCUCUAGUCGAAGAUCACGCGUCCGAGGAGAUAAACGACAACACCUCCGACGAUCCUUAUCAGCCUUUCCAGAGCCUUGUGCAUGAAGAUUGGGAUAUGUGCACUGAGGGCAUGAACACAUCUGAGCAAGUUGUCGAAACUUCUGCUAGUGAUCCAUCUGCUCAGACUCGUGCUGAUGCUCUGGCUUCGGAUGAACUAGGCGUCGCCUGGGAGACUCUCCGGGGACGCGUACUCGGGGACAUAUUCCAUGUUAUGCAUGAGUUCAAAAUCUCUGUUCACCACGGCCUGCGAAGACCGUUCUCUCGUGCACUUCGUGAUGCUUUCUUCAUCCCCGAUCCUGAAGACAAGGCUAUCAUGGAGACUUUCCUAGAGGGGCGAAAUACAACAUGGGAUAAGAUGCUGUUAUUCCAUUCACGAUGGCUCUUCCAACGAGUGAAGCGAAUCGUCCCGCCUGCCGAAAUACUGUUGCCACGAGUUCGCAACGUGCUGCAGAAGUUUGGCCCACUGAAAGACUCAAUCACGGGGCAGCCGUUAUUUAACGAUAGGGCAUGGGACACCUCAGGAAAUGUGUUGGAGAAUAUCCGCAGAGGCUAUUACUCUGACCCGCCAGGAGUGCAGCUGUACUUCAUCCGAGGGAGAGAUAAGUACGGUCUCAUGCGGUACAAGUGCUGCCGUGGAACAAAUGCCAUUGAAGGUGGUGUACAUCAGAAUAUUAUCCGAUGGUUUGGAUCAUUUAAUGCUGCACCUGAGUUCGCCCUCCAGCUGCUUCGGGACUAUGUACUGUAUCACAAUUUGAAGGUCGGGACACUCAAUCGUACGGGUGUGCCGUAUGUAGGUUCGUUUGAUAUAUGGGUAAAGAAUCGGAUAUCAGCAUUGCUUGAUAUCACAUCAAGCCGGUUCGAAUCUCUCCCACUCAAUUUCGGUCCGGGCGGCUGGGUUAACGGAGACCUCUAUGCACCAUCAACCGAGGUCUUUGGCAUCCUGGCACUCCCCGAUUACAAACGCCUUGAACUAGGGAUGCUGCCAUAUCAUCACCAGUUCGCCAUCGAACAGAAGAUCCGCCACCGGCAACUUGCAUUCCGGCAGAAUGCCCGGAUCGCUAUACUGCCCGUACACACUAGCAACGAGCGUGCCUUAUUCAAGCUGCUGAUUACAGGUGUUCACGGCUGCUUCGGGGCUCAGAAGGAGCCGCAGUGGGAUCUCCUUGCUGUUGAAUGGGCAAAGCAUGCCAAUGGGACCACUAUCUUCUACAAACUCAAGGAGCAUUUGAAGAGCUACUGGAAGACAUGGGGAGAGAAUGUCAAUGAGAAGAAAUCAAUCCAAAUCAAUCAGGCCGCGUACCAAGAGAUCUCAGCCCGUCUCGAAGCUGACAAGCCCAAUGUUCCGCGACGACAGGCAGCACACCCGGUGCCACUAAGGAAGCAAGUCAAGGACAGCAGUGACAGCGGGGGGCAAGGCGCUCACGGCAUCAAAGACAUCGCAGACGAAUGGGACGUGGGGCGACUGUUGGGCGCGCACUCCAUCAGACAGUCAGCGAUACACUUCAAUUACGGCGAAGGGGACUUACCUCCGCCGGCUCCUCGACCGCUCGAUGCGCCGGGCAGCCCGACUCACCCGCGUAAUGCUACAAAGCGUGUGCGCGCAGACAGUGCAAGUACCGCGGAACGGCAGCGCAUGCUCGUGCGCAAGCGCAAGAAGCGAGCAUGUGUCCGCUGCAACCAGACGAACUGCAAGGGUCGUUUCAAAGGGCGUGCGUGUGCUCCCGACACCGACGACGACGAAGAUGGCAGAGGGCAAGCGGGUCCUUCAACGUCCCGGUUAUAG